GCCCAGCGGGCAGCGGGCACAGAGCGCAGCGAGGAUGCUCAGCCUGUUUUGGGUCUGCGUUGGAAUCCCAUUUCCAGGGAUUAAACAGCCUCUGUGCUGAGCCUGCUAUUAACAACCUGCAGCCGAGGCUUCAAAAUGGAACCGUAUCCUGGGGAAUCGCAGCAGAAAAAAGCAAAAAUGUGAGGACGUGCACAAAAGACGCUGUCAGACAGAGGAGGCGAUGCAGGGGGAAACGCCUUACGAUGGAGGCGGCGGGCAGCAGAAAUGUUUUCUAACGCUGCUGUGGGCUCCCGGGGCUGCGGGGCGUUGGAAUCAGCGCAGCAUCCUCGGCUCAGCACCGCGCAGCAUCACCGGCGGGGCGAUGCUCCCCUCCCAGCCCCGGCACUCACCCACCCUGCCCGCGUGCCGCCGCGCGUCGCCCAUUGACAGAGCCGUGCCGCCGUCCCGUGCUCACCUUCACGCUUUUGGGGUCGAAGGUGAACUCCUUGGGCACCUCCGGGGCUGCGGCCGCUUUGGCCGCAUCCUUCUUGGGGUCGGGUUUCUUGAGCGGCAUGGCGCGGGGAUGAGACCUCCUGCCCGGCGGAGCGAUGCGAGGCGGGGGCUGCUGCCUCCGUUAUAAACCCAGCCCUGUCCUCACCCCGCAGGGGCAGGCCGGCUGCUGGAGCAGCUGCUACUUACUAUAAAAGGAAGAAAACUCAAACGAGAGGGGCCCCAACUCGACAAUUGCCCAUUGUCAUCAGCUCCCGCGCUGGGGGAAGCCGCUCGGGCUGCCCUGGAUGCUCCGGGUUCAGCCGUGAGCUUUGGGAUCACGAGAGCUUCCCCAGGUGGUGGACACCCCCGGCACCUGCACUGCGUGGGGCUGUGCACUGAACCCUAAACUCGGUGCCUGCAAGGAGACAGCCACGUGGGAGCGGCUCUGGGGGAGCUGGUGGUGCAAGCGUUCAAACCUCGGGUACUUUAGUGGGGUUCAUUUCCUCUACUUGUCCCCAUCGGGUGCCAGCUGUGCUGCUGUGGCUGCUACCUGGAGGGGGGAGGUUUCCAAAAGCGGCUUUGCUUUAUUUUCCACGAUAGGGAGAUAAAUAAAGUCUCUCGUGCAGCAGGGGAUUGUUCUGACAGCUGGGAAGCUCUGCAAAAGGGCCACGAGGUCCCAGCGGGGCUCAGCAGCCCAGAAACACGGCUCAAGGAUCAAACCACGGCAUCCUGACCCAUCGCUUUAAGUACAGCAUCAGAACACGGGCAGAGGAAAUAGUGACAUAAGGGGGAGGAAACCAUUUGCAGGGGUUGGGAGCAUCUUCUGGGAUGGUGCAUGGCCUCAUUGCUCCAUCCAACGCGUGCAGGCAUUGGCUGCUGGGUGGAACGGGUCGUGCAGGACACGCGCUCGGUCUGAGACGUGACACCCGUAGGUGUGGGUUGGGUGCACGAGUGUACAAAAUGCACGUGCAGAUCUGUGCGCCCUCACUGGGCUGAGCAGGACCUGGGCAGCUCCUCCGCUUUGCUCUCUGAUCCCUGCCCAAAAUGAGGGCUGGAGGGAACGGUGCGCACGGGCAGGGAGAUGGGCUGCAAAUGCUGACCUCUGCUUCCCAGUAGGAAGAAAACUACCCCAGAAAUUAAACUCGGAGCUUUCCCAUCCAGACCCCCCGCAGCCUCUUAUGGCAGAAUGCUGCUCAGUGCCGGCUGUACCGGCGGGUCAGGGGGGUCCUUCAGAAGGAGGGAAAUUUGCUGCGUGCCAUCAUCUGCUGAUUGCCAGCACGGAUGUGGGGGCUGCGAGAUGGGGCUGGUGGGCGUCACUUACUGUGAUUGCUUCCCUGAUCUCUGUGUAAUACAGCAAGCGAUUUAGCAGAAAACAACGUGUUUUGCUCACUGCAAACUCCAGGUCUGGGUCAGCUUUCACGUGCAGUGGGAAUCCAGUCGCCCCAUGCCUCCCCUCCAUCACCAUCAGCCCAUGCACAGCGCAGAGCUGCAGUGAUUUCCCCACCUGCAGCCCUGCUCAGCAGGAGCUCCUUGGCCACAAACCAACACCUGGACCAGCCCCCAAAACACCACUCCUGCCAUCACCCACUUAUCCCUUUUCCUGUCCUAAAAGCCCACACAACAGCCCCAUAACCUUCAUGAGCCGAAGAACCGUACCACUACCCCCAGAGCACACUCAGGAUAGGGGUCUAAAUAGGGGUCUAAAUAGGGCUGAGGUGAGGGGCGGCUGCCAGCUCUGCCCUCAUCCCUUCUUGGGGAGGGAGCUGCACCCCCACUGCAGUUUUCCUCUCUGGUUCAAUCAGAGUGAGCAGCAGCAGCUCCCGGGAUCUGCUUUGCUCUCUCAGCUAUCAGACAGACCUUUGCUUGCCACAGGAACACAGCAAAGCCCGACCUCCAUGCAGCCCCUGGUCAGGACCAGAGCUGUGCCUGGAAAACACAGCAGCAGGGAGGCCCCCAGCUCUGCUCUGUGCAGGACUUUGCCAUUUACGGAGACACCUGGCUGUGAUUUGGGGUCCUGCAGUUCCCAGGGCUUUGCACGGAGGUUGUGAAUUUUGGCCUCAGCCCACCGAGGUCGCCCUGCUAAGGGUGAGCAUCAUAGAAUCAUAGAAUCACAGAAUGGCCUGGGUUGAAAAGGACCACAAUGCUCAUCCAGUUCCAACCCCCCCUGCUAUGUGCAGGGUCACCAACCAGCAGACCAGGCUGCCCAGAGCCACAUCCAGCCUGGCUUCGUACCCCCUUUUGCCAGGGGCUGCAUUUUGGUGGACAAUGGGAUGGUGGGACUGAGCUGAGUGUGGGCAUGAUCCCAACACGGGGCAGCCCCAGGGCUUCCCCAUAGGGUGAUAAAGGACUGCAGUGAUGGGGGUGGUGUUGGACCCACUGCUGGUUGUGUGCCCACACGGUGUGCAGCCGUGCAGUGAGACGCUACAGGAAGCCCUCGGGGGAGUGGGGCUGAUCCCUGAUCCCAAGAGAAGGAAAAGGGUUAAAGCACUGCCUGAGAGCAGUGCACACAGAUGCUCACGUGUCGCACCCUCAGCCUCCCCACCUCCAGCUGCAAUCCCAUUCCCUCGGCUCCUCAGGACCAGUGUGGGGUUUGGGGUGGUGGGGAAAUGUGUGACAGCUGAAAAAUGAGCUGCUGGGCAGUGAGAGACGAUCUGAAAGGAGGAAUCUGCCUUGAGCGAAGAGGAUUUUAGCACCUAGGGCUGAGCCAACAGACCUCUGCCAUCCCCAUCCCACCGGGAACUGUUUGCACACUCUCCAGGAGCAGCUUAAAGCCAGCAGGACACCAGCACUGGAUUGCAGGAGGCGAAGCUGUGGGGUGAAUCCCCAGCAUGGCAGCCCUUUGCAAGCGUCCAUCCCCAUAGCACUGCCCCGCUGACACCUCGCCUCAAUGGGGACCGGGUUUGGGAGGGCGCUCCCCGAGGAUGCUGCGCCUCACCCCACACCUCGGCUCACCCCAUAGCCUGCAGCACUGGGCUGGUGGGGACACGGCUCCCAUCCCUCGCUGGCUCCGUCCCAUGGGGUCUGUGGGCAGGGGAGGCAUCGUGGCUGCUCUGCUCUGCUGCUGCCUGCUGGGCUCUGCCCGGGCUCUGGUGGAUCCUGACGAUGUUCUCACUAAGGAAGAGCAGAUUUACCUCCUGGUGGAAGCCAGAGAGAAAUGUCAGAGAGACAUCAGAGCUCAGCUGGAGAAGGUCAAAGACACCAGCUGCCUCCCAGAAUGGGAUGGGAUCAUUUGCUGGCCCAAAGGCUCUCCCAGCCAGGAGGUGGCCGUGCCCUGCCCUGACUACAUCUACGACUUCAACCAUAAAGGCCAUGCCUACAGGUACUGCAGUGCCUACGGGACCUGGGAAGUGACCCUCAGCCUCAACAAGACCUGGGCCAAUUACACUGAAUGCGCUGUGCUCUUCUCCUCCGAGAGCCGGAGCCGUGAGAAGGUGUUUGACCGCCUGCACUUGAUGUACACCAUUGGCUACUCCAUCUCCUUGGCCUCCCUCAUCGUAGCUGUCUGCAUCCUCUCCUACUUCAAGCGCCUGCACUGCACUCGCAACUACAUCCACGUGCACCUCUUCACCUCCUUCAUCUGCCGGGCGGCGAGCAUCUUCCUGAAGGACGCGGUGCUCUACUCGGGCACGCUGGACGUAGCUAUGGGGGAGGACUGAUGUGGGCCCCCUCUGACCCGCGUGCAGGUUGGCUGCAAGGUGGUGGUGACGCUCUUCCUCUACUUCUUGGCCACCAACCACUACUGGAUCCUGGUGGAAGGCCUCUACCUGCACAGCCUGAUCUUCAUGGCCUUCCUCUCCAACAAGAACUACCUGUGGGUCCUCAUCAUCAUUGGCUGGGGUCUCCCUGCUGUGUUUGUGUCCAUCUGGGCCAGCGUCAGGGCCUCCCUGGCAGACACACAGUGCUGGGACCUCAGCGCAGGGAACAUGAAGUGGAUUUACCAGGUCCCCAUCUUGGCUGCCGUUGUGGUGAACUUCUUCCUCUUCCUCAACAUCGUGCGGGUGCUGGCCUCCAAGCUCUGGGAGACGAACACGGGGAAGCCGGACCCACGGCAGCAGUACAGGAAGCUGCUGAAGUCCACGCUGGUGCUGAUGCCGCUUUUUGGAGUGCACUACGUGGUGUUCAUGGCCAUGCCCUACACCGAAGUCUCCGGGGUCCUGUGGCAGAUCCAGAUGCAUUAUGAGAUGCUCUUUAACUCCUCUCAGGGUUUCUUUGUGGCUUUUAUCUACUGCUUUUGCAAUGGGGAGGUGCAGGCAGAGAUUAAAAAAGCCCAUUUUCGGAGAAGCCUGGCGCUGGACUUCAAGCAGAAGGCGCGUGCCAGCAGCGCAGCAGGGAGCUGCUGUUAUGGUGGGCUGAUGUCCCACGGCACCACGAGCUUCAGUGUGAGCCUGACAGGGCGAGGGCCGGGGGGCACACAGCCCCGGGGGCUGCUCCUCUCUGCCCGUGGCAGCCUGCCAGGCUACACCCCCAGCUCCUGUGCUGCAGACCUUUUGCCCCACCUGACGCAGGAGAUGAGUCAGAAAACCUGCGGGGAAAACACCGUGGGCUCAAAAGACCCCGAUGAGAGUCACCCCAACCCGAACAAAGAGCUGGAGACGAUGCUAUGAAGUCAACACUGCAUCUCCCAGCUGGACUGGUCUUUUGUGUUUUGGGCAACUUUUGUGCUUGCAUGGAGAGCUGGGGUAGGGGAUAGCAACUGAAUCAACUCAUUGCCCUUUUUCUCACAGCCAGCGUGCCAAGGGACCACGUGCUCUUGCUCCUUCUUGUACCUACCCGGCCUAAAAAUGAGCAGCAGUUCAAAACCUCAUUUCCUUCCACAUGCAGGUGAUCGGUGUAAGUGAUGUCUGCAUGCAAAGCCUUGAAUCAUCACAGGAAACAGUCCUCCAGGCUCAAUGCCAUAUUGUGAUGGUCUGGAAAUCGACUUCAGCUCCAUUGCAUACAAAGCUGAGCCAAUGAGACCAUAGUCUUUAAGUCUGACUCCCUGUUCAGCACCCAUUCGUGCUGUACAGUGUGAGAGAGGCAGAGCAGCUCACCCCGCCCUCACCUACAUCCUUGUACAGCCCAUGGAUGUCUGCAGUGAUUGGUUACAGGAGGACAGCUGAGGGUGUGAAGGGCUGGAAGCCCCGCCAGCAUCACAGCCCCCAGCUCUGCCUUCUCUGCUCAUUCCUGGGGCACAGCCAGCCCCAGCUCCCUGCUCCCCCCCCUGCAAGGCAAUGCUCACUGCUGGGUAAAGAUACUCCUGAGAAUUACUGCGAUGCCCUGCCCAGACAGAUGGGUGGGAGAGAGAAUUACAGCACUGUUGGGAGUGGGGAUAUAUUUGUUCUAAUGAGACAGUGAUUUCAUAAUAAAGAUAGCAACAGAGAGCAUAUGAAUAAUUGUGUGUGUGUGUUCAUAGACCUCUCCAGUGAAAAGCUAAGAUGUAAACAGAGUCACAAGGAUUAGAAAUCACUGGGGGGACAUCGGGGCAGGGAGGGGCACCAGGUCUGGAAGUGGGCACGUCUUCAUCACCUCCCACUCUUUCUGCUCCACCGUGGAGCACGAGAGGCAGGGGGUGACUGAUGCUCAAGCACAGAGGCAGGAACAGGAUUGUACUUUACAGACAAACCUGAGCUGUAGUUGAUUUGCUCAGCUGAUUUGUGCUCCUGACUCUUGUGAAGAAAGCACAGCCUGCCACUGCAAGGAGAGAGAGACUUUUUCAGGGUAGUUGGCAUGCAGCUCACACUGCUACCUUGUUCUGUGGAAGAGGAAUCAGCCCUGUUAUCCAUCUAACAUGGACCUGUGAACUGACAUUUAUAGCUCUCUGCCACUGAUCAAUAUUUACUCAUCCAAGUCUCCGGGGGCUCCUGGUAGCUGAGAGAGGGGUGAGGAAUUUCAGUAAUCCUAUCAAAACAUGCAUUUAAAAGAGGGGGAGAAAGCACAUGCUACAGACAGCCCACUUCCCAGAGGCAGCAACGUGAAACCAAGGAGGGAGGGAGCAGAUGGCAGCUUCAGAUUAGAGAGCCAUUUUUUGGCUUUAGAACUCUAGUUUUUAAUUGUGAUAAACACUGAGUGUGAUAAGGAAAGGGGAAUCCAACAGAGGCUCCUGAGCACCUGCCACAGGAGAUCAUCCUCAUCUUAAUACUGAGCACUAAAUAAACUCUUCAGUCUUGCAGAGUUCAAAUCAGUGCAAAAAGUGGAAGCUGUUCUAAAAACUGUAUUAGAGCUGUUUAUGAGGGGGGCUGAAGAGUCAAACUUCAACUGAAUUGAGGACAUCUGCAAUGCAAGGCACAUCACGAGUGUCGCUGAGUUCUCUUUCCAGCCCUACGGCGACUCUGAAAGGUUGGGAUAAGCAACGUGUCCUGCCCUUCUCCACUUGUGAAACAGGGGAUAACCCAAUCCCCAGAAGGCUUUCGAGCUUAAAUAUGGUUUUCCAAUCCGUUUGAGGUAAAAGAUGGUGAGAAAAAACAUGGAAUGAUUUUCUCAACUACUUCUGGUGAAAGAAAGGGAUGCAGUCAGAUCUCCAAUAGGACAAAUCUCUAUCCCAGUGCCAGGAGAGCCAAAGGAGAAAGAGGAGAAUGAAAAGCACGUGCGAGGUGUUUUGUCCCAGUAAUAAAACAUUUACUAAAGCAAGCAGAAAGCAAAUGCACAGCAGAUAAAGAAAACAUCACAACGUCACAAAAACCUGACAGUUUCUGAUACUUCUCUGAGCAGAAACAAGACAGAGGUGAGUGCUGACGUGUUUCAACACAAGAGCUCCUCCUUACCUUCAUGGCGCAAACAGAAAAGAAGUUAAAAAACAGAUAAUGCACACAAUGAGUUAAAAACAGUCAAGCAAGAUUUUACAGUUUGAACUUCACGUGUCCAAUAUGGGGCGAUAUUUGAGCUGUUCCACUCCAUCAAUUGCUUUUCAGGUUCUCCCUAAAGGCUUCUGAGCAGCAGGUCCCUGAAUUUCAGAAUGAAGCCCCUUCACUGAGCUUCUUUUCAUGGGGGGGCACCAGACUCGGAUUGCUGUGGGCAUAUCUAUACCUUUUCUUUUUUUCUUCCCUUUGUUUUCACUUUGAAGAAAGCAAUCAGCCCUCUCAUAACAGAGGGUGCAUAGGCACAGCAGAGACAUGUUUGCUCUGCAGGCUUCCACCCAAAUCCAAAUGAAGGUUAUUAGGAAAAAAAAAAACAGAGGUUCUUUACAAGGAAAAGAAAGACACCUCGGCAGUAGGAUUGCUGUACUGACCAGAGACAAAGCAGGGAUUCCACCCCCCACUUGUGAAACUGUGGUUAAUUGGGUUGGAGAAGGAUCCCUUGAACAGCUUU